UCUGUGAAGUGGCUUCAUGUUUACCACAGUUGCAGAGGAAAGUGAAGCAGACAGACAUCGGACAGCAUGAGAGUCCUCGUCGUGCUAGCGUGCCUGCUGGUGGGCUGCCUCGCUCAGAGACCACGACCAUGCAGAUCCCCUCCACUGCUGACUGGAAGCCUUUCUGUGUACACCGCAAGUGAGAAGCUGACGGCCAUUGCCAGGUACACUUAUGACGCUCUGGGUCAGCGCAUUCGCCUCAUUGAAUCUGGAUCUUUUAAGAAUAAAACCUUCCACAUCGAUGUUCUUCUCCUCUACAGACAGGGUGUUGCAUAUAAGAUCAACUACAGGAACCGCACAUGCAGCAAGAAGACUCUGAGUUCAGCCUUCCAUCCACUGGCGAUCCCCCGGAACGCCUCCCUGCAGGGCCAGGCUGUGCUGGGCAGCUCCUCCGGUCCAGGCCAGGGAGUCCUGGUCAACACUUGGGUCGGGGAGCUGAAGAUGAAGAGCAGAACAGCAAAGUACAUGAGCACUGUCACCGAGUUUGGAUGUGUUCCCGUCAGCACUCUGUUCCAUACCGACAAAACCGGAUGGAUAGUGGCCAGCUUCUUCAACAACGUCAUCGGACUUGCGAACCCUGAGCUGCUCAUCCCGCCGGCUUUCUGUGAGAAUGCCCAGCUGGAGAACGAGGAUGGAGAGGAUCCGGUGACUUUCUUCAGCAUGUUCGUGAAGGACAAGGCUGCUUUUUCCGAAAUGUAAUGAUGCUGCUGUCUACUGAUUAUUUGCACUGAAUUAUCACUUUUAUCAGUAGCCGUCCUUGGUGAAGCAACAUUUUUAACAAGCUGUAUCCAAGUAAAAAAAAUCAAACUUAAUCAGUAUGUUGUGGGUUCAAUCAAUUAAAACAUGUGGGAAAAUAGUAAAAUAAGUAAAUUCAAACCUUCUGUGAUCUAUUUGAACUUAAAUAUACUGCUUUGUUUAAACUAUUGUCGUGUAUAAAUGUGUGAAGUAAGGCUUAAAAGAUAAAGGAAGUUACAUAUAUGCACAUAAUCAUGAAACUUCUCCUUUUGGAGACGGCGCUGGGGUUUUUUCCUUAUAUGGUUUUACAGAACAAACAGCUGAUGGAGGCAGAUGAGGAUGCAAUUACUCGAGUGUGAUGAAGAUGGUUUGUAGCGAAUCAAUUAUGCAUCAUGUGAUUUAGCAGUAUACAGAAGGGUCAGAGGGAAAGGAAGGUGUUCUUACUCUGUCUGACGCUAGAGAGAGUUUGACCUGUAAUGCAAUAUUCAGUGUGUGAUUAAACCGAUUAAUUGAGACCGA